AAGAUGGCCGAGGAGUUUACGAGUACCAAAGCAAAGAAGAAAGACACCCAGCUACGCUCCUGCGCGCGAUGUCGUAACCAUGCCGUCAUCAGCCCACUGAAGGGCCACAAACGCUUCUGUCUGUUCGCCAACUGUGGCUGCAGCAGCUGUUGUCUGAGUGCACAGAGACAGAAGGUGUCCCGGGAACAGAUCGCCCUCCGCCGCCGUCAGGUGCAGGAUGAGGAGGCGGGACGCUCGAUACCCGUACCCGAGGAGGUGCUGACGGGUCGAGGGCACAGCUCGCUGGCAGGGGCAAACCUUCAGUCACUGAGACAACAGUUCCCCAACAUCAGCGUCGGUCGACUCAACGCCGUCCUCACGGAAACAGGCAGCCUACGCCAGACCAUUAUGCGUCUUCAGAAAGAAGAGACAAGAGGAGAGGGCACAGAUUGGGCGGCCACUUCAGGCCCGACAACAUCCACAUCCACAACCACAACGAUGACUACAACCGCAGAAGCUCUGGGUCUUCGUCAGGGAUCUCAUAGAUCGUUUAAAGCCGAGCCAUUCUUCCCAAGCGAGUUCUACCCAAGCGGUUACUACCCCCAGUCGUCCGCCUACACCCCCCUGUACGGCACCCUACCCCCCUACACCAGAUCCACCCCAUCCGUAGCGGCCGCCUACAAGAGCUACCACGCUGCCGAGUCCCCCUACCAGCAGGCCCCGCCCUUCCUGACCCCAACCCCGCCAACCACCAGCCCCUACAGCUACCAGCUAAUGGGCUCCAUGGGGUUCCCUGACGGCCCCGCCCCCCCAGCUGAUGUGCCCUCCCGGGAGUUCCGGAAAAGCCUGGCCAAGUAUUGUGGGGGCGGUGAGCAAGGUGAGGCCGACCCACCCCCCGAGACCACCCCCGUGUCUGUUAGUUUCCCCAGCACCACCCCCACGGGGAUGUCCUCGGAUGAGGAAGCUGCGCUACUGAUCGACUGUUGUAAUGAUUAAUGGUCAGAGUACUAGUAAUAGUCAGUCAUCAUUUACCUCGAUUAUACACUGGAUCCACUGGUUAAUCGAGGAUGACGCAUCAUUUCGUCUGUAGAGUUUAUGACUAUUUUUGUGAUGCUUUAGUUGUUACGAUUUUUCCCAUUUGUGUAAUAAUUCAUAAAUAUCUAUAAUUUCAUUUUUUACAAUAAUGUCAAAUUGAGUUGUAAAGGUUUUUCCCAUUUGUUCAAUAUCAAUUGAUAAAUGAGUGUCAUUAAUUUCUAUUUUAUACAAUAAAUUUAAAUAUAGUU